GAAUUCUUUCCAAUGAAGAUCAUUGACCUUACGGCACUGUGGAUAAUACUCAUGGUUGGUGGAUUCAUCCUAGCAAAUGAUAUCGAGGAUGGAACCAUCUUCCUGGAGCGAGGCAACCCUGGCAUCCUGUCAUGCCCUCCCGUCGCAUCCGGACAAAUCCCGCUGGAUCAGAUCGAAGUCAUGUACUGGUACUCCCCUGUACUUCGAGAUGAAAACAUCUUGAUCUCCUACUUCCUGGGGAACGUCGCUCCACAAAACGGCAUCCCGGAGGGCCAGUAUGACAUCAAUGGAAACUUCUCUCUGGUUAUUGAGAACGUCACCGACUCAGAUGAAGGGACCUACUACUGUAGGGUCAAACCGAGGUUAAGAGCGUUGGUUGAUGGGCACGUGGCUAUGCGUGUCAAAGUGGCUCCUCAGAAGCCGUUUCCCGAUGUGACUCAAUGCAUUCAACGUGUCUCGGAGUCCGAAUGCGAGGUGGAGUGGUCGAACGACAUCAAAAAAACAAACUUGACCUGCAUCGUACGGGAUACCAAGCCUGCCGUGGCUCUCAGAUGGCUGCUUGAGUAUAGUGAUGGCGGCACACAACUCAUCAGCGAUAGGUUCACCGUACAACUGAGUGAGUUUUCGGUGAACACCUUCACCACUUCAGCAUCAAUCCCAAUUGUAGCGAGUAAUGUGGACAAGUACAUGUACAGAUGUCAAGCAUACGGGGAGGCUCUGGGCGCCAGGAAUGGUAGCCACGUGACGGUGACAGCCUUCUAUACCCUACAAACAUCACAUUCGACAUCACUUCAAUCUAACACAGCUGUAACGGUGAUGCCUAGGUUGGACUUUACAACUGAGGUUCAUGACGCUCCAGAAGGCUCUCAAAAUGACAUGAUUGGGCCUACAGACACUCCGGAUGGCUAUCGAUAUGCUUUUAUUGCGACUGCAGUUGCUUUGUGCUUGUCAUUAGCUGCCAUCGUUGGUUUGGUUAUUGCUGUGUGCAAGAUAUCGAGGAGGAAGCCUGAACAAAACGAAAAAGUAGAGGUGCAAUAACGAGAAGAGGUCUGGAGAAAAUAAAGGAGAACCCAAGGAGACGAGUUUUGACUCCGAAGUCCCUGCCCCAUUCUCAACGGCGCAGCGUACUGUGAAGCUUGAUUAACUAUUACGUAACAUCCAAUUGUACGUCUAAACAUUGCAAUAUAAAUAAAGAAAAAAUUGGGAAAUCCGUCGGACUAACAUAAUUUAUCCCUUAAAAUGAUCCAGAUUGUUCCAAACACUCGUAAUUUAAGUUUCUUUUCGAAG